CAAAGACGACACCUCUAAUUAUAAUCCAGACUGUCCACGCGUGAAUUCAGGUUGCUCGAAAUUCGAUCGUCACGUAUCAUCUGUCAAAUUAACCAGCUUUCACAAAAAUUCGUCGAAAUUCUGCGUACCGGAAGACACCAGCAACGCCAUCGCGUCUCCCAGCCCCCUAUUCCGUCCCGAUAACCUUCGAAAUCGUCAAUCGGCAAGAUGUCCUGCUUCGGUGGUCACGACGAGCGAAUCUACAUGGUCGAGAUGCUGGUGCACAAGCUGACUCUGACAAAGGGGAAGAUGAAGGACAUCGGCGAAUUCCCUAUCGCGAUAAAGAUCAAAUUCCUCAAGUUCCCGGUGUUCGAAAUCACCCGGCAGGAUUUCUACUCUUACAAACCACCGCCACCCGAGGACGAAGGCUGCACUUGGUAUUUCAUGAUAGGAAGAAGCUGCAUGUUCGUCAUGCAGCCGAAGGAACUGGUACGGGAACUGCAGUCGACCAUGAUAAUGGUCGGCGUUUUCCGAGUGGGAGACACUUAUCCGACAGCGGAGACCGAGAUAACCUUGCCCGGUUGUCUUUGCGACCAAGUUGCCAUGAGUCAGAACGAUCCGGAGAAUCUGCCCAAGCCGUUCGUGGUCAAGGGCACGUACAACUUGAUCGACCCCGGUGACAACGAAUCGGGAACCCUGGAGAUGGAGCUGAAGCUCCUCUGUUUCGGUAGAUCGUUGAUGACCCACUACGAACUGCACCCGCAGUUCUUCGCGUUCAAGAACCAGGACAAGGAGCGAGAAUUUUGCGUGAGGAGACUGGUACCACCUAGUUACCAUCCGGAAGGACUUGACAAAGACAUCUCGCAGUUCCGUGACAGGACCACGUUGGACGAACUGAAAGGUAUCGAGCCCACCGCGCAAAAAAAGGGAAGAGGCCGUAAAAAGGGAGGGAAAGGUGGUAAGAAAAAGGGUAAAAAGUGAAACAUAAAAUUCGAACACCGGUUAUAAAACCCGUGUUAAUUUGUCUGCGAAACGUCGCCGUGGUAACUUUCGAUGAUACGUUUUACACGAAGUUAAUCGAUUCGAGGUGUCGGCGCGGAAUAGGUUAAUUUUCGUUGGCAAUUGACCACAAAAUUAAUGGCGUGUAAUAGCCGGUGAUAUUUAUUGCAAAUAAUCGCGAUACUCGGAUUCUUC